UGCUGGCGCGCUGCUGCUGAUGUUGUCAUCUUGGACAUGUUGCUGGAAAUCGGUAGUGAUUUGUCUGUUUUUUGAAGUAUAACUAUCGGUUUAAAGACGGAGAAUGGCAGCAACAGUGGCUACAGCCGUCACCCCCACGGAGCCCGACCCGGACCAGUGUGGGAUUGAGGAGGAGAGCCGCGGGGCCGAGGCGGAGGAGGACAGCACCCAGCAGCAGACGGGCCCCGCGGCCGCCGCAGUGAGCCACAGCAGACUGUCCAAACUCCCGCUGGCUCGUAUCAAGGCGCUCAUGAAGACCGACCCAGACGUGUCACUCGCCAGCCAGGAGUCUGUGUUCAUCAUCGCUAAAGCCACGGAGUUGUUUGUCGAGAUGAUCGCCAAAGAUUCCCUGGUCUACGCCCAGCAAGGAAAGAGAAAAACUUUGCAAAGAAAGGACUUGGACAACGCAAUAGAGGCCAUAGAUGAAUUUGCAUUUCUUGAAGGCACACUAGAUUAAAUGCUGCUCCAAAUGACGAGAACAUUGAAUAUCUGCAACCAUCCAAGAAACCUUCUGUCACGUGAACAUCUUUCUGCUACUUUUCUAAGUCAAAGUCUCAAAAUGGAUAUUUAUAAAUGCUUUUCUACAAUGUCCCAUUAAGAUAUUUCAUACUUUACUUUCAAGACAUCAGUGGUAAAAUGUACAUUGUUUUUCUGUAAAUAUUUGUGAAAUACUAUUUGUGAAGUACAAUAGAAUAAAUGUAAGUUUUAAACAAACCGUGUCUGUCAGAAUCAAUCUUCAUCAGUUUCAUACCCAAAUUUGCAAAAUAAAAAUUAAUUCAUAAAAUAUGAUAUUCUACAUAUUCGUAAAACUAGACAAAUGUACUAAAAACAAAGACAUGUUGCACACUCUUAGUCCCAAUGCAACUAUUACUAUAAAUCAACUUUACCUAUUAGUCUCACACUAGACUGGGGUGAUCAUUCAGGCUGGAUAUCCAACUUUUCUUUUUUUUUUUUAAACAUUAGAUCAAGAGGGUAGUUUUGAUAUGGCGUGCUGAGGACUGCAGUGCAAAUAUUUUUCGUGACUAUAUAUGUCAUUUUGCAGCAUUUCCCUCCAGGGCUCCCUGUUCUUUUCUAUUGAUAUUUUUGUUGAUCUAAUGACUAAAAUUACCCUCAAAUUAAAUACUCGGAGCCAAAUAAACUAAAAAAAAAAAAAAAA